ACUUUAAUACAUUUGUACUUACAUAAAUACACAUAUGAACUUAUAAUUUAUUUGUAAUUGUGCAUAAAUGUUUUGCACUGCUGUCCUAAAAUGUUUUCUUUUUGUACAAAUACGGAAAAUAGCAACUACACAACAAAAAAAAACAACUUAAAUAAACUGCGAAAUUAAAUAAUAAUAAAAAAUAUUGGACCAAACUGUAGAAAAUAACAAAUAGUUCAAAACAAAAUUCAUAAAAAGGGAUGCGAUUUGCCCUUAUCUCAUAUGGGGUCCGAAGGGGUUAAAAGUGUAUCGCUAAAUCACUUUGUAUAAAAAAAAAUGCAAAUUGCGUUUAGUUUGAGACAUAAAAGGCGCUGUCUAUUGGCAGUUGUGUGGAGAACCUUGGAAGAUAUCGUAACGGGCAAAGUUAAGUUUUACAUUUAGCGGAAACUAUUUCAAUUAAGAAAGCCACAAACCGCAAGAAAUGCAUCAAGGACGUUGUGUGAAUCUACUAGAACAGCCAUUGGACAGGAUACGCCAAUGGUUGGCUAGUUUUGAUACGAUUAUCAGUGAUUGUGACGGCGUAAUUUGGCUUGGCGAUAAUGUGAUUGAAGGCGCUGUGGACACUAUGCGUCAGUUAAAACGCUUGGGCAAACAAAUCUAUCUCUGCACUAACAAUUCAACAAGGACACGCCAGCAAUUGUAUGAGAAAGCACACAACAUGGGUUUUGAUAUUGAUGCCGAUCAUAUUAUAUCCUCUUCGUAUGCAACUGCUGCUUACCUGAAAGCGCGUAACUUCCAAAAGAAAGUCUACGUGAUUGGCACAGCUGGCAUAACGGACGAGCUGGAGGCUGUCGGUAUUAAACACACUGGUGUCGGUCCGGAUGUAAUGUCGGGCAGGUUGACUGCUUAUAUAAAAUCCGGUUUUCGUCCAGAUACCGAUAUUGGCGCUGUCGUUGUCGGCUUUGAUGUACAUUUCAGUUUUUGCAAAAUGAUUAAGGCAUCGGUGUACCUCUCGGAUCCGAAGUGUUUAUUCUUAGCGACAAAUAUAGAUGAACGAUUUCCCAUCACAGGCAUGGUUAUACCGGACGCUGGUAGUAUUGUGCGCACUGUGCAGACGUGUACGGCGCGUGAACCGGUUGUUAUUGGCAAACCGAAUCGGAGUAUUUGUGAAUGGUUAAUCAAGAGUGGUAGGAUUGAGCCGGCGCGAACGCUGAUGAUUGGCGAUUGCUGCGGCAGUGAUAUACUCCUGGGCCGUAAUUGUGGUUUUCAAACAUUGCUUGUCGGUACAGGCGUAAAUCAAUUGAGCGAUGUGAAUGUGUGGAAAAAAUCAUGUGAUCCUGAAGAUAAGAAACUUGUGCCGGACGUAUAUUUGCCAAGACUAGCCGAUUUGUUGGCGCUUAUUUAGUGUUAUGUUUGCGGUAUAAUAAUAUAUUUUAAAAUAUUUGUUAUAUAAAUUUUUGUAUAUUAACAUUUAUGUAAGUAGCAUUAAGCACUUUUAUAUAUUUUUUAUAAUAUGCAUGCUUAAAUAGUAAGAACUUUUGGAAUAAGAAAAUAAAAAGAAUUAAAUAAUAGUGA